UGCAACGUUGAGUCCUUCUGCUCCAUAGAAGAGACUGCGCGUUCGAGUGGAUUCUUGGGUGAAUCUGGGUGUUCGGUGUUGAACAAAAGGGUUCUUGGAUCUGAGCCUUCGAUUGAUUAAACUUUUGAUCUCCAGUUGUUAGUGUCCUUAGAAUAUUGUAUAGACCUGGUAGAUUUGUUGUAAUCUCAUAUCAUUUUUGUAUAUCACCUUCCUUUCAAUUCCCAUAAACAGAUUUCAACUGGGGCUCCCUUCUACGCAUAAAUGGCGGAUUCACUCGCAGGGGAUGCUACAGGAGUAGCUUUUGAUCUUUUAAUGAAAGCUGUAUUAGACGUAGCCAUGAGGGUAGCCAGUUUCAGGUCCGAACUCGACCACUUGAUAACGACUCUGAUUUCAAUCAAGCCAUUUGUCGAGGACAUAGAGAAGCUGAACGGAGUGCUAAACUACCGACAAGAAGGAGCAGAGACGCUCAAUAAUCGGUUUGAACAAGGCGAAAAGCUCAUUCGGGAGUGCUUGAAAAUCAAGCGGUGGAAUCCAAUCCAGAAGUAUUUGUACGCGAAGAAACUGAAAGAAUUUGAAAGCUCGUUGUUGUGGUAUUUUCAGAUAGAUGUACAUGUUGAGUUGGCUAGAGAUGGCAAAAAUAUUUCCGCUGGAGUAAAUUUUCUUCAGGAGAAAAUGGAUAAAGUAAUUUCUAUUCAAAAUAAUGAUAGUGGGUUUUCAGGUUGGUGUGGUGUUCCGGGAGUUCCGGAUUUUGUGGUUGGAUUAGACGUGCAGCUUCAGGAACUGAAGGCGAUGCUUCUAAAGGAUGAAGUGCCAAUUGUUGUGCUUUCGGGUCCUUGUGGCUCUGGAAAGACUACACUGGCGAAAUUGCUCUGUAAUGAUGAUGAAAUUAAAGGGAAAUAUGGGAAUAAUAUCUUCUUUCAGAUAGUCUCAAGAUCACCUAAUCUCCAGCUAAUGGUUCAAAAAGUAAUUCAGAGUAAGAAAAACCAGCAGGUGCCUAUCUCUGAAAAUGAUGAAGAUGCAAUAUACCAACUAAAACAGUUUUUCCUGCGGCAAAUAGGACCAUCUCCCAUGCUAUUAGUCCUGGACGAUAUGUGGUCAGGAUCGGAGUCACUCAUUGAGCAUUUCCUUCUUCCAAUACAUGGAUACAAAAUUUUGGUUACAUCAAGAUUUGUGUUUCCACGAUUUCAAUGGACUUAUAAAUUGAAUAUGUUGAAUUAUCAAGAUGCAAUGACUCUAUUUCGUCAUUAUGCCUUUAGAGAUGGGGUCUGUACGGUGCAAAAACAUCUUGUAGGAGAGGUGGUCAGAAGUUGCUCAGGAUCUCCAUUGGCCCUCACAGUUGUUGGCAAGUCACUCUAUAGGCAGCCUGAGGACAAUUGGAUUCGUACAGUUCAAAAUUGGUCCCAAGGGCAAUCCAUUUACGACACCAACAUGGUUUUGCUUAGUCGUCUCAAAACUAGCUUAGAUGCCUUGGAUGGAAUGGCAGUCCUCAAGAAUUGUUUCUUGGAUCUAUGUUCAUUUCCUGAAGAUCAAAGGAUCCAUGCUGCAGCUCUUAUGGAUAUGUGGGCGGAGCUGUACAACCUUGACGAAAGUGGCAUGUACACCCUUGCCUAUCUCAAGGAACUCUUAAAUAGAAAUCUGGUUGAUCUUACUCUUGUCAGAAAAGAUGAUCAGGAUGACACUGACUACUGCAAAGAGCAUUUUGUAAUGCAACUUCGUCUUCUGAGGGAUAUGACUAUCCACCAAAGUAAACAAGGUUCCAUAGAAAAGAGAGAGAGACUCAUUGUGAAAAUCAAUGGGAAUGCCCUUCCCGAGUGGCUAACCGAUCAAAAACAGCAACACAUCAAUGCCCACAUUUUAUCUAUCACCACAGAUAAUGCAUUCUGCUCAAACUGGUCUAAAGUGAAAAUACCUGAUGUUAAGGUUUUAAUACUGAACUUUCAAGUCAAAAUCUAUACAAUACCAGAAUUUAUGGAGAGAAUGAGUUACCUGACAGUUCUGUUAGUGACGAAUUAUGGUUUUACCCAAGCAUACCUAGAAAACUUUCCAUUGCCUAGUCAGUUAACCAAUCUAAAGAGACUUAGGUUGGAGAAUAUUUCCAUCCACUCUAUUGCUACUUCCAUUCUGCGGCUAAAAAAUUUGCAGAAAAUAUCCAUGACCAUGUGUGAGAUAGGGAAGGCAUUCGAAGAAUGCACAAUUUCGAUGUCCAAUACAUGGCCAAAUCUCAACGAGAUAAAUAUUGUAUAUUGUGACAACUUAAUUGAAAUACCAGCAUGGGUUUGUGGCCUUAUCCAUCUUAAGAAGAUCAAGUUGAGAUACUCUCAUGAGUUGGUUACUCUUCCAGCAGAAUUGGGAAAUCUGACAAAUUUAGAAGAGCUGAGUCUUCAGUCUUGUACGCAACUUCUAGAGUUGCCGGAAUCAAUUUCUGGGCUUAGGAAAUUGAGGUUCCUUGAUCUGUCGGACUGUGUGGAAAUAGACCACUUGCCAGAACGGUUAGGCGACUUAUGUGGGCUGCGAAGAAUAUGCAUGAUGGGUUGCACUGCUUUAUCUGAGCUGCCGACUUCAGUAAAGGAUCUUGUGCAGUUAGAACGUGUGAUAUGUGAUGAUGAAACAACAUACUUAUGGAAUUCCUGCAAGGAUUAUCUGGAUAAGUUGGAGAUUGUUGUUGUAAAAGAAGAUAUAAACCUUAACUGGUUUCAUCAGUGACCUGCUUGAAAAUCUUUGUUAGCACAACAGGAGAUCUCAAGCUAAACAACGAGUCUCACACCGCCCUCAGGGCUAAGGAAAGGUAAAUUACCUCCCUUGAAAACUUUUGAGCAGCAGUCUACGAUUCUACUUUAUAGUGCAAUUGAUAAUUGAUUACCUUAAAUCUGUAUUAUUGAAGAUAUUGUAGGAUGAGAUUGGAAAUGGUAAAUAGUUAUUUUAUCAAUAAAGUGAUGAGUUUUAUAAACAAAA